CAACUGUCUCAGAUCAAAGUUAUGAAAGGGACUGUGAGAUUGUUAAAUUCUACACGUGCGACAAAAAUAGGCGCGGCACGUCUUCACUGUUUUUAGAUAUAUCAAAGGUCCAUGUUAACAUAAUUGCUCCGAUCACUUUCUCAAGAAGCCACUUGCAGGCUUUGCUCAGAGGCUCCACCUUUUCGAGCGGUUCAGUGACCUCACCAGUGGGCAGGAUUGUAAGGGUGGGAUUUCCAGGCUUUGGAAAGCUCUGUGUAUUCCAGCCUCUCUAUCCCAGGAUCUAUGCGGUUCCAGCGGUAGCAAAGACGGACUGGUUGUUCCUAUUAUAGCCCCAGAAACGCCUCGACUGCACACUGGACCUUUUUUUCUACAUGCGACUCCAACCGGAAUAAAUAACUGAGGAAUGUGGAAAUUACAGAAUGCCCAACAGCGCUGGAAAGAGAUUUAAACCCACCAAAUACAUCCCAGUGUCCACUGCUGCCACACUCCUUGUGGGAUCGACCACUUUAUUUUUCGUUUUCACGUGCCCCUGGUUGACAAAGGCAAUCUCUCCCGCUGUGCCGCUCUACAAUGGCCUCGUCUUCCUCUUUGUUUUGGCCAACUUCAGCAUGGCAACCUUCAUGGACCCUGGCGUCUACCCACGAGCGGACGAGGACGAGGACAAGGACGAUGAUUUCCGGGCGCCGCUCUACAAGAAUGUGGAGAUCAAGGGCAUUCAGGUCCGGAUGAAAUGGUGCGCCACCUGUCACUUCUACCGGCCGCCUCGCUGCUCCCACUGCAGUGUGUGUGACAACUGUGUGGAGGACUUUGAUCAUCACUGUCCAUGGGUGAACAACUGCAUUGGAAGGAGGAACUACCGUUACUUCUUCCUCUUUCUGCUGUCUCUGAGCAUCCACAUGGUCGGAGUUUUCUCCUUUGGCCUCCUCUACGUGCUCCACCACCGAGAGAUGCUGGCAGCGUUGCACACCACUGUCACUCUGGUGGUGAUGUGUAUAGCUGGGCUUUUCUUUAUUCCAGUCAUGGGACUCACAGGUUUCCACAUGGUGCUCGUGGCUCGAGGGCGAACCACCAACGAGCAGGUCACAGGCAAGUUUCGUGGAGGAGUAAAUCCCUUCACCAGGGGUUGCUGUGGCAACGUGGAGUACGUCUUAUGUAGUCCUCUGGCACCAAGGUACGCAAUGGAUCCCAGGAAAAAGCCCCAUAUCAAAAUCCAGCCCCCAUUCAUCAGACCCGACCUAUCAGACAGACAGAUCACCAUCAAGGUCAGCGACAACGGCAUCCACAGCACCAUCAUCAGCUCCAAGUCCAAAAGCAGCCUGGAUGGACUUGAUGAGAAAGAAACCCAACCACCGCUCCCACCCAAAGCCGACAGGUACAACCAGCUGAAAAACCAGCUGACCUCCAGCGAAGAGAGCUCUCUCUCUGGUAAGACCCAUCCUUCCACUCCAGCCAUGUACAAAUACAGGCCGUCCUUUGGCACCAUGCCUAAAGUCCACUACCACACCGCUGGGGAGAAGAUUAUCAUGCCAGAUGACCUGAAGACCUCUGCCAUCUUAGAAGAGGGUGUCCGCGGUCAUGACUACCGAUCCGAGCCAAACCUGGACAUGCCUGAAUACACCAACGCUCCCCUCCACCGGACCUUCCAGUCCUCUCCACUCCAGCUGGACUCUGACCCCAUCAGCUCCCGCUCUCUCAGCCUGAAGCAAGGUCACCACCGACCAGAGAAAGGCCAGCUCUCAGCCCUGCAGCCACAGACGGUCACUUCCACCCCAUACAAGAGUGUCUUCUCUCCAAACACACUCUCCAACCGAAAUGGCAGCCUGUCUUACGAUAGCCUUCUCAACCCCAGCAUCUCCCCAGCCACUGCCAGCGAGUGCAUGGCCCAUCGUGCCAUGCCCUCGAUGGGCUUCCACUCGCCCUACCUGCCCACCAAAAUGUGCCACAUCCGGGAACCUGAAAUGCAGAGGCAGCAGGUUGCCCCCACCUACAGUCCAGUGCUGCCACCUAGAGCGAUGGGCAGGCAAUCCCCUCACCUGAGGGACAGGGAACCGUCUCCUGUGCGCUAUGACAACCUCUCCCAGACCAUCAUGGCCUCCAUCCAAGAGCGCAAAGAGAUGGAGGAGAGGGAGAAGCGUCAGAUGCUGCAUGGGCGCUCCCAGACCCAUAUCUACGCCCAGGACUCUGCCGUUUUUGACGGGGGCUAUGGUCUAUCCCACAAUGCCUGCUACCAAGACGGGCCUCGUUGCACCGUUUCCAGAGGCCCAACACCUCCUGCCUAUGGAGGCUCCAGAGACAAUCUGAUGGGGGUCGGGCUAACCUACGGGCAACGAACACCAGUGUUGCGCCAUGCUGGCUCCACACUAGGCCGUGCCCCCAGGACUUCAUCCACCUCCCUGCACACUGAUCACAGUAGCUCCAACAGCAGCCACGGCAGGGCUACCUGCCAAGAUGGCCCCUAUCGCUCCCCAGCCCACCAGCCCCACUCCCCCGCCAUGCCCCGAUCCCCCUCUUACUCCCACCAGAAAUUCUCCUACAUCAAUGCCCAUGAGAGGACAGACUCACCUCGUCUGGGGGGCCCAAGAGAGGCCAUGAAAGUUAAUGGGCAAAUGGACUGCCACCCCAGUGCCCAGGGUGCCACCCUCAGCCCCAGUCGCCAUAGUAAUGUCAAAAAGGUGACAGGCGUUGGAGGCACCACAUAUGAGAUAUCAGUGUGAGAAGAAACACCACAUCCGCAUCCAACAACAGCCAUCCUGCUACAAUGAGAUUCUCUUCUGGCUGUCAUUUUUAAGUCAAGACGACAGCCAACCAGGUGCACAAAGCACUACCUGUUUUGGAGUUAUCGUCCAAUCAGAGGAUCUGUCUGCUUUGCAAGCCAAAUGCCUGUGUGUGUUUGUACAGGAGGGGUUGGUUUUGAGUUGAUACGUGUGAGGAGUGUCUUGUUGUUAACAUUAUGUGGCCGUCCAACAGAUUGUCAAAAUAAUUACUGUUGUUUAUGAGCUGUGGUCAUGAAGUUGUUCCAAAUGUAACACAAAAACUUUGCUCCAGUAAGCUCUGGGAGCAGGAGAAUGAAACACGGAGGUCCUCCGUGAAAACAUUCAAGUCCGUUCUGGGUCAUCACAUCAAGAAGUCAAGGUGCUUUACAUUGAAUUGUACUGUUUCAGCAUAAUUGGUGUUGUUGUACAGAUUUGAGAAAUUAUGUAGGAUGGGUAAGUUAGAUCAGCACCAACUGCAAACGCUGGUAACGCAAAGGAAGAGAGAUAAGAGCAAGAAGAGGGACAAUGAGAGGGGAUAGUAAUCUUAUCACAUCUGGUGGUUGCAUUUUAAAUUCUUUGAGAAGGGUUAGUACUAAAAGUUAAAUUAGAUUUUGUCUUUGGCAAAAAAAAGAGAAAAAUGCAACCAUGAGAGAUAGUAGGUGAUAUAAGUUCACACCAUAUGAAUGUCUCCUUCAGCGUAGCCCCUUUUUAUCUCCAUGAAUCAGUUAGUGAUUUUCACUUGGCCCACGACAUAAGUGCUGGUCAUUAAUAUCGCUCUGAAAGAUCAUUAUACCUCAUCCUAACGACUCUCACUGAGUACAGAACGAGCCCGGCCUCGCACAACCGAAACAACUUUCCUGUCCAAAAGCUUCAAAUGUAAGUUAUGUUUGUGUUGUAUAAUAGAAAUGGGAAGGUAUGAAGAAAAUAGCUUUGGUCCCAUGUAGAGAAAUGAUGAUAAACGGUCGCCCAGUCUCUAUUUUGUAGUUAUUUGGUUUGUUUCUUUUUUUAUAUACCCAACUCUUAAAAGAUAUGUUUGAUACAUCUUUUUUAUACACAUUAUGAAGCCUGGAACGGAUGUUUUACUUAGAGUGGAGUUAUUUUUGAUGGCGAGUUAUAAACUCAGCACAUAAACAAGAUUAUGAUAAUGAGUUAGAUUCGUAAAUAUAGCUUGUUCUUACCUUGCAGUGUGGAAAAAAAUGGAUGAUGAAAUGUUAUUAAAAGAUGUGUGAUUUGAGGAAGUGACGUGUUAAAGUCAAUAUCGCUAACCCAUCCUGAAAUGCUGAUACGUGCUGCACACAAGUCAAAGACUGUUGUAGUCGAAGCUGUCUUUAGAUUUCAGAAGUAAACGUGGCUACACUCCUUUAUUUACUCCUCAAAGGUUAGUGAAUGGAUGACUUAAUUAUGUUACAGCGACAUGAUGAAGACUGUGAAUGAUAAAUCAGUCUAGUUGCAGCAGCUGUCUGGUACAGCUUCAGGUAUUAUCUUCACUCAGAGGGUUAAAAUUGAGUUUGUUUUGCAGUUGAUUUUCAGUCUUGUUACUUUUUUUUUAACAUAAUGAAGUGAGAGUAUCCUAAAGCAAGGCAAAGUGGGAGGUUUUUAUUCAUAUUUAGCACCAUAUGAAUAGGAAAAAUAGAAAGCCAGAAGUUUACACUUACGUAAAGAAGUAGAUAUUUAGAUAAAGAAUUAACCGUUGUGGCCUUUUGAGAGGAAAGCUGGUGUUGUAUGAGAUGUAGCGAGUUGAAGCAUAUAGAGCUCCUGAAGAGGACAAGAAGGGGAACAAAUGAGGUUGAUCCAGAGAAACUAAACCUAAGUUUCUCAACCAAACUCAUUUAUUGUCACUCCAUGUCCCAACGCAGUAGCACACGAAGGUAAAACCUAACACAGCUGAAGUUCUGUAGUGAACACAGGAGUGACACUUGAAGGCGAGUCAGACUGGAUAGAUGCUCAAAUGUUAACAGGAUGUUCUGGAGGAAAGGCCUGUGUGAAAUAAAGCUAAUUUACUUAUUUACAUCUUUAAGGAUUUUUUCUUCCCAUUUCUGCUUCAUUCAUCGAUUCUUUUCUCCAGAGCCCAGAGUGCAAAGACCAAUAGCUGUGGUAGACUUCUGCUUCUUGACAGGUUGGAUGUUAUUAAAGCUGGCUGUAGUAAAACCCUCUGGCUCGGAUGGUCCCACUUCUAAGGUCUCACCCAGCUGCCUUAGCAUGAAAACAGUGAUUUAAGGUUACAAAGGCUACUCUAUAAAGUCAUGUAAGUCUGGAUUAUUUAAACAGGUCUGUGUGUGCUGUGGUAUACAGGGCUACUUAUUUGAAGAACCUGAUGUGUCAGAGAAUAAACGGUGCAACUAACUGGAACUUCUUGAAACACCUGAACAGACCAUUAGCUGCUGAGUUACCUGAUAAUACCCAGUUUGUCACGACUUUCAGACCCCAGUUUGACCUCAUGUCAAAACAGUAUCGAUGUCAUUCCUCUUUAAGAUGACUGCCAUUAAAGUCCAAUGUUCUUUUCUAGGGAUGGACGUCACUGCAGGUCAGGGAUCAUUCCUGACAGGCAGCAAUGAAUCUGUUCCGUCAGCUUCAGGCUGAUUUUGUUUUCUGAAACUCGAAUAAAAAAUUCAAUAUGUAUGGAAAAUAUAGAAUAUACUAUAAAUGUACAUGCGUUCCUAUUUUUGUGAAGAGGAAUUAUUUCCCAAUGACCUGAGAAGAGUAAAUAAAAGUUUCCAACUCUUUGA